AUGGAGAAUCCUUCUUCGAAUGUUACUUGUUUGGGUUUAGAUUUGGCUCUUGAUGGACCAAACAAGACAAAGAUCGAGGAGGAAGAUCCUUGUAGUGGAAUCGAACAAUGGAUCGGAUCAAAUCCAAACCCAUGUGUCUCAAUGAAGAAACUUCUUGUUCUUGAUCUGAAUGGUUUGCUUGCAGAUAUUGUUUUUCCUCCCGCAGGCUAUAAACCAGACAUAGUUAUUGGAAGAAAAGCAAUUUUUAAAAGACCUUUUUGUGAAGACUUUCUCAAGUUCUGCUUUCAAAACUUUCAAGUUGGUAUAUGGUCUUCAAGAAAACAGAAUAAUGUGGAAAGAAUCACUGAGUUCUUGCUCGGAGAUUUGAAGAGUAAAUUGUUGUUUUGUUGGGACAUGUCUUAUUGUGCUACGACUACUGUUGGUUCACUUGAGAAUAGGUACAAAUAUGUUGUGUUCAAGGAUCUUAAAAAGCUCUGGGAGAAACAUGACCCAAAACUUCCGUGGAAAAACGGUGAUUAUAACGUAACAAACACGGUCUUGCUUGAUGAUUCUCCUUACAAGGCUUUGCUUAAUCCUCCAUAUACAGCUAUAUUCCCUCACUCGUACAACCAUCAGAACAAGACAGACACAUCCUUAGGUAGUGGUGGUGAUUUGAGACUCUAUCUGGAAAAGUUAGUAGAAGCGGAAAACGUUCAAGAAUUCAUCAAGAAGAACCCUUUUGGGCAAGAAGCUAUUACGGAAGCGAGUGAAUCUUGGGAGUUUUACAGAGAGGCGAUGCGUACGCACAAGUAUGCAAUUUGA